AGCUGAGCAUAGCUGUGCUGGUGCAGGCUGACCCAGACAGGACCCUUAUCAAGAGGCAGGAACACUUAGACCGGUGCACCUUUUAGUGCACUCAAUGAGAACUACAGCCAGGCUUGGAGCCCCACACACACACACACAGAACUCCCUCUUUGGAUUCACUCACCAGUACUGGACAGAACUUUGCUUUUACACUCCUUUAUAUCCACGGAACAUUGAUCUCUGAUUCGUUGAGACCGAUUCCUAUCAUUUUUGGGGGGUUGGCAUCGACACGUUCAGGAUGUAUUCUCUGGUUAGUUUGAGACGGAUCGUGUCUACUCUGUUCGUUGUCCUCUCCAGUGCUACCGUGAUGGUGGAGAGUGACUGCUCGGCCCGCUGCUCCUGCCCCACGCUGCCCCCCUCCUGCCCUCCGGGAGUCAGCUGGGUGGCGGACCAGUGCGGCUGCUGCAAGGUGUGCGCCAAGCAGUUCAACGAGGACUGCGGAGCCAGCCAGCCCUGCGACCACAUCAAAGGCCUGCACUGCCACCUGGGGGCGGGCGGAGACCCCGAGAGGGGACUGUGCCGAGCGGAUGCCCAGGGCCGGCCCUGUGAGUUCAGCGGGCGAGUGUUCCAGCACGGCGAGGACUUCCAGCCCAGCUGCCAGCACCAGUGCAGCUGCAUGGACGGGGUGGUGGGCUGCAUGCCUCUCUGCCCACAUCAGGUGCCCCUCCCUGACUGGCGCUGCGCCCGGCCUCGGCUGGCCCGGCCUUCGGGCCGCUGCUGCGAAGAGUGGGUGUGCGACGACGACAACCACAUCAGCGAGGAGCCGGGGGAGCCCCCGCGCACCACCCUGCCCCACCCGCGGCCCCUUCCUAACCACAUCAGCACCCAGCUCCAGGCCCAGGCUCUGCCACACGAGCAGGCCAGCGCUGGCGUCACUUUCCGGGAGGGGCUGUCCCUCCCCAAGUCGGAGGUGCUGCUGAGCCCCAGGUGCCGCCUGCAGACCACAGACUGGACGGAAUGUUCCACCACGUGCGGGAUGGGCAUCUCGAGCCGAGUGACCAAUAACAAUCCAGAAUGCCGGUUGGUCAGAGAGACGCGGUUGUGUCAGAUUCGCCAGUGUGAACUGCAGCUGGAACUCACCCUUGGUCUGAAGAGAGCAAAGAAGUGCCAGCGUACGGUUCGCCCUCAGGAGCCAAUCAGGAUCACCUUCGCCGGAUGUUCCACGGCCCGGCGCUACCGCCCGCGCUCCUGCGGCGCAUGUACAGACGGCCGCUGCUGCGCGCCCUCCCUCACCCGCACCGCUCGCCUCCGCUUCCUGUGCCCGGACGGCGAGGGCUUCACCCGCAACGUCAUGUGGAUCCAGCGCUGCAGCUGCAGGAAGAGCUGCCAGGGUCACGGCGCCCCCUCCAGGCCUGGAGUCAGCCUGCACAACGACAUCCACACCUUCAGGCAUUGAGGCCAAUCCACCACCCCAUGAAUACCCACCCCCCUGUACCACACCUAUACCCCCACCCUCCACCCAGCCCUCUCCAGGCCCAGCCAGGGGAAGCCCAGUCUUCGACCCCCCCCCUACCCCCACCCCCACCCCCACCCCCACCCACCUCCACCACAUCCCGACUCUGCCGGAGAAAGAAAGCCCCGGAUGGGCAGAACUGCUUGCACUUUGCACUUCCUGCCACGAUGACACCAGUUUCCACAUGUAGGAGGCUGGUGGCUGUGACUUUACAGCCAGGUCCAGUGCUCUCUUCAUGCUGGUGCCCCUGUAGCAGAACUAUACAAGAGAGUCUGCAGCACUGAGCACCACGGGACAGCAGAAAUCAAUAAGUAAUAUGUAAAUGAUCCCUUUUGGAUGUCAGCUUUGUUCUUUUUAUUUAUUCUUUGGUGUGUUUUUUGUUUUGAAGUAUUGCCAAACUCCUCUAUAACCACAGAGGGGAAAAGAGAAUGAAGUGUGUAUGCUUUUGUACAACGGAAACAUGACUUUGUGUCAUGAGAAAAUGUAGCUUGGGACAGCGAAUGUGUAUGAACAUGUAGGUUGUAUUUUGGAUACAUUGAUGGUAGAUAUAGGACCGGUUACCAUACUACAUAUUCAUCAAUGAUUGUAAUUAACUGUAUUUUGUUGUAAGUCAUAAUUUGCCUGUUUGUGUGUAUGGUUUGUGUGUGUGGAUCUACCUGUCUCCAGAAGUCUGUCGUUUUGAAUGGAAAAUGUGUGGCAUUGAGAUUUUACGUGUGACCAUUUGUAUGUCAAUAUAUAAGGAAUAUAGUUUAGUGUACAGACUUCACUCUAGUGGAGUGACUAUUUUUGGAGAUCACCUCAUUAUUCGGGGUGUGUUUUAAAUGCCUCAUAGUAUUUCUUUCUUGUACUGGAAGAAAGAUUCAUGAAAGUAUGUCAAUGUUGUUCUAUUUCUUUUCUUUGCUGUAAGCCUCCAUAACUAUCUGAAACAUCAAAUAAAGUCAUUAAAUCACCAAA